UUUCUGCUUCCUCGCUCUCUGAAUUGACCAGUGUUUCUCGCGAUGAUUCUGGGAUCUGUCAGCUUGUGAUACUUACGUGGUCUCUUUUGGUUUUUCUAUGCCUAACAUAUCCGUCACAUUAAUUUCGCCCACCAACUUUACAUCCUUACCUGCCGGCCCAUAUCGCUUAAAAUAUUAUUUGUUUACGUAAGUAGAACAAAAAUGUCAACAUUGCAUUUAAAACCUCGUAAGUUUUCUUAACUGCCUUUGAAUCAUGUAUUUUCAAUGAUUCAAUUAAAAAAAAAUAAACAAAUAUUUUCAAUGAUAUUGGAUAUGUAAGGAAGGUACUGCCUAUAUUGUAGACUAAAUGCAAUCGUUGAAAUUCAGCAACUCGGUCUCUGUUUUAUUUCUGGGUGUUGCUUUCUUGUACUUCUUCGGAAACCCUGCUCCUUCUCCUUCUGAGAGUAUGGCUGAAGAUUCUUCCAAAUCUAUAUACGAUUUUACGGUUAAGGAUAUCCGUGGAAAUGAUGUAAGCUUGAGUGAAUACAAUGGGAAGGCUCUCUUGAUUAUCAACGUUGCUUCGAAAUGUGGUUUAACACAAACAAACUACAAGGAGUUAAACGUGUUAUAUGAAAAGUACAAAAGCCAAGGGUUUGAGAUCUUGGCAUUUCCUUGCAACCAGUUUGCAGGACAAGAACCAGGAAGCAAUGAGGAAAUUCAGGAAGUUGUGUGCACGAUGUUUAAAGCUGAAUUCCCAAUUUUUGAUAAGAUUGAAGUGAACGGGAAGAAUGCAGCACCCCUUUACAAGUUCCUCAAAUCCCAGAAAGGGGGGAUAUUUGGAGAUGGCAUAAAAUGGAACUUCACAAAGUUUCUGGUGAACAAAGAAGGAAAGGUUGUGGAGAGAUAUGCGCCAACCACAUCACCUCUUAAAAUUGAGAAAGACAUACAGAAGCUAUUGGAAUCAUCUUAAGUACCAAGGCAUUGGCAUAACGAUGUGGUUGUUCCUUGGGAGUACAUACAUCAGAAGAAUGCAUUAUGGUUGUGUUGGUGAAUUAUAAGUUUAUAUAAUAUACUACUUGAAUAAUCAGUUGAGAUUGUGUCACUGUUGUCCUUGAAAUUAUAAGUUUAGUGGUUGGAUGCUGCCUAGAAUAAAAAGACAUCCAGAAUAGUUCUGCUUA